UUAAAUGGAUUUGAAGACAGCGAGCAGCGGUCGUUCAGAGCCAUUUGCGGCCGUCCUGUACUCGGAGCCCGUUGCUUUAGGAUUAUUAUGUAACAUUGUUUCAGCAUAUGUUGUGGCCGUCGUGAACAUAAUUCAAGGGAAGGAAGAGGUUUCAGAGCUAGCUGUGAUUGUUGCAGGAGUCCAUUUGAUUCUGAUUGGAGGAUUCCUUCAGUUAACAUCUGGAAUAUUGAGUUUCCGUAGAAAUGAUCACCUGACAGGAACAGCUCUCACUGUUUUCGCCACACUAUGGACAUUCCAAGGCUUUGCAAAUAUUGUUAUGAAAAACAGUAGUACCGAUGUUACAAAAACUGCUCUUCCAGCUCUUGUCGCCUAUGGCACUAUUGCUUUGUCACUAUUCGUGUGUUCCUUGUUUGUAAAUUUUGUCAUACCACCCGUUUUAGUGGCCAUGACGUUAACCUUGAUAUUUGAAUCUGUAGGUCUUUUCUAUGAUUGGGGUAAGAAAGCUGCUGUUGCAUUUGAACUUAUAAUAGUUCUUACAGCUAUCUACGCAGUCAUUGUUAUUACAACAAAGGGUAUAAGCCAGAGAUAUAUCUUACCGGGAUUUGGAAAUGCGCCUAUAGACCCACUACUUAUAAAAAGAAACGUCAAGGGAUCUAAUAAAAAGGAAAAACGGAAGAACACUAAGUAUGCUGAACCAAUGGGGAUGGGUUACAUGGGAAGUACCAUACCAGCCACCGUGGUAUGUUUUCUUGGUCUUGGGUACUUUCAGGAUAUGAGGGUCCCGAUCAUCGGUAUCGGUUGUGGCUCUCUCAUGCAGCUCCUAGCAAGUUAUUACUCUUUUCUCCGUGGUGAUGUCUUUAAUAGCGUUCAGUUUAUGGUACACUUUAUAUUUUGGACAUCGAAAUCUUACUUCUUUUAUCUUUUGUCUAUUGACUCGAAUCAGAUGACAUCAACUGUAGAUUAUUAUGGUUCUUGGGGAACAGUGUUGGCUUUGGUAUUUAUUACAGUGUGUUCUUCCACCCAGCCAAUUGUUGUUUUUAUGUAUAAUUGUCUUCUAACCUUGACCUCAGUGUUGUCGUUAGAACAUAUUCCCCAGUCUAUUCAGUAUUAUACGUUUGGGGUUUCUGCCGUUUUGUUAUGGACAUUCACAUUAUACAUUUCCACUGCGUUUCUACUAAAUUCUUGCGCCGAGAAACCUGUCUUAUUUGUUGGAUCAGAGUUAGUGUCCGAAGAACGUCUAUUCUUCUGUUGCAAGAAGAAAAUAAAAAGGAAUGAAGAAGAAAAUGAUACUUCAGAAGAUGAUGAUGACAUCAAAAGAGUUCAAAUAAUAAACAUUCUAUUUUUCCUCUGCAAUAUGGUAGCAGCCAUUGCCUUAUCACCCUUAGAAAUAGCCAAUCAGGAAGCAUCAUUGUCGUUUCUGCUGAGUGCUGGUGUUGUUGGAAAUGCAAUAAAUGCUCGCUACUCAUAUGCAACUGCGAGUUUUUCGCAUGCCUUUGUAUGUUUGACUGGAAGUGUGAUUUGGUCGGCCUGGUCAAUUUAUAUAUUUCACGCAACAGGGAUAGCUGGGAACAGUGCAGCAGCGAUCACGAGUGUAGGACUGUGUGCACUCUCCCUAGUAGUGACCUUCAGCAUGCCAAGAACGUGGACAGUGCUGGUCAGCUUUCUUCUGGUUCACGCAGUAUCCAUCAUCACAAAGGUUUACAAUGCGGAAGCUAAAUAUUAUCCACUGGUAUCAUCAGUUUUAGUUGGCUUGGUUGGUCUCUAUGGAUUUAUUUUGUACCUCGGAAAAGGGAUUUCAAAUAAAAGAUUGUUUCCUGAGGGCGAACCCUUGCUGAAGAUGAGAAAACCAAAAAUGUCAAAAUUGCCCUGUCCGACAUUUCGGUCGCGAAUUGCAAGCGACAUGUUUAAAGCUGCUGAGGUCCUUAAAAGCGGUGAGGUCAUAUGUGUUCCCACAGACACCGUGUAUGCUCUCGCUGGAUCAUGUUCUCAACCCGAAUCCAUCUCUAAAAUAUACCAUAUUAAAGGAAGACCACCAGAGAAACCAAUUUGUCUCUGUAUUUCUAAUCUAGAACAGCUUAGGGCAGCCAAUCCACCCUUCAGUCCUUUACUGUGGAGAUUCAUGGACAGGUGUUACCCAGGAGGAAUCACGUGCGUUGUUAAGAAAGGUGAUUGGCUGCAGAACCUGGGGGUUGGUAAGGCAGCAGAAUAUGUUGGAACAGAAGGAAGUGUGGCCAUCCGGGUUCCCGACAGUUCUGUUUUAUCCUACUUAGUCAGUCUGACAGGUCCAUUAUCCAUAACGUCGGCCAACCCGAGCGGGGAGCCGGACAGUACACAUCACAGUACUGUUAUUGAUACACUAGGUGAGAAAUUAGCUGGUGUGGUGUGUGAUGAUGAGUCAAAUGAAUCAGUAGCUUCUACUGUGGUCAACUGCAUGAAGAUUGAUGAAGGUGUCAUUUCUUACUUUCGAGUCGGGUGUGUCCCACAAGAGAUUGUUGAUAAACUUUUUGAAGAUGUGAAGAAAGAAAUCCAAGAGUAGGAGAAAAAAAAGAAACCAUUUUAACUCUGUUAUAUAUUAUUGCCCAAAAGUUAAGUGAUGUCCAGUUGAAGUUUUAGAACGGAUUAUUGAAAGUAAAAGCAUGGCCAAUAAAAUGAAGAAAAAAAUUA